AUGGAAGCUCAUAGAAGCAAUAAUAAGAUCGUUCUCAGCUGCUUGAACAUUAUUCCAAACGACAUGCUUACCACAUCCACAUUUAAGAAAACGACAACUGUCACAGUGUGGAGUAAAAUUCCAGUAUCUGGUAUAUUGGAGGAGAAGAACAUGAAUGCAAACGAGGUUGCCAGCAGCACAUCGACGGGCCGAUCGACCCUCACCGGUAUGUCGCAGUCUGCAUCCACAGGUACAUCAGCGAUAGCAUCAACCACAAAUACACUUGCUACAAGUACUACAGCAACUUCUUCAUUGCAAAAAGGUGGACUCCAGACAAUAUUACAUAGUGGAAAUGGAGGAAGCAGCAUGUCAACUUUGACUUUAGCGUUGGCUAUAGGAAUACCAGCCGGAAUAGUGCUCUUUGCGCUAAUCGUGAUUUUGUGUUGGUACCGAAAUAAUUGCAAGAACCGUGAAAAGAAGAAAAGCAAUGCAGAAGCGGUUGGCUCAUGGAAACGCAACCCUUUUAAUAGUUAUUCGGAGGAUGAAUUUGCGGAAGGAACAGAUAAGGAAAAAUCCUUUGGGAGCUGUAGCUAUAACUGGGAAAACGAGACCAAGGUACAAAAUCCAACAAAUAGAAACACAUCCGGGACGAGCAUUUGUGAGCAAAAGCUGGAAAACCAAGGGACUAUUUCAUCAGGAAGUCUUUCAACCUUUGAGUUGGGCAAAAAUCUAAGCGAGGAGAAAUUGGGAGAGGCAAAAAGAGAGAAGAUGGAUAGAAUGUACGAGAAUUACCGGAUUAGGCAUAUGGCGCCUAUUCAAAGGUUGCUGAUAAAGACACCGGGAUCAGCACUCAAGAAGUUUUUUGAUCGCCAGAGUCAGCAUGCUCGUAUUGAAACGGCCAACAGUACACCAAUUGAAGAUAAACUGCCAAAGCCCAAGCAGGCGGCUCUUCGCAGUUUGAGAUUGGUGAAUAGACUACAUGAACUCAGGGAAAGUUCUGGAAGCUAUAGCAGUGAUAAAGAGAAUAGAGAUCCCAGUGAUGUGCAUCCGUUGCCAAUACGGCAAUAUCCGAACUCACAGAUAGUGGGAGAUGUUCCCAAGAACGUGUAUAGGAAAGCACACGAGAACGGGAUUCGUUAG